CAAAAUGGGUGUCAACUUAUGCUGAUAUAAAGACAACAGCAUGGACCAUCGUGAUAAGAAGAAUUGUGAGUACAACAUAGAGAGGCUCAGGGAAGACAGGUGACGCGUCAAGAUCAAUAAUAAACCAGGCAAGAAAGGAAAGAAGAAGAGCGAAAGGCUUGGAGUCACUAAUGACUGUACCUACGCCGAUGAACAGUAUACUGACGGGAUUUCAGCAGAUAGGAAUAAAGCUAGUUCUAGAGCCAAAGGGCCCAAAUCCUAUCCUUCUGUGAUUUCUUCCCAACAGACUUUUCUUGCAGAUAAUGGGUUUGAUGAAAGCGAUAAAGUGACUGAUGACUACGAGAUAAUAGAGGAUUCCAAAACUGAUGCCAGGUUGAAACAAGUCACCGUUUAUGCUAGUCAUUACAUCAUUGCUAUCAAGGCGGUCUACGUAGAAAGAGAUCUUGCAGAAACUACUGUGGUACAUUCUAGUAAUGCUAAAUAUCUGAACUCGCGUCCAGACUUGGAGAAAAGGACUCUUGAUUUAGAGAAUGAUGAAUUUAUUAAUUAUAUUUCUUACACAAUUUCUUCCCAGACUGGUCUGAUCCGAACCCUUACAAUCGAGACAACCAAUGGGAAACAGCUGCUGGUAGAGGGACAAAUCGAGCUGAACAACAUGAAUAAUGAAAGCGGCCAGGAUAGUGACUAUAGCUCUAUUUUUGGCUUGGAGAAGGAAGAGAAGAAGACUCUUCUAAAAUCUUAUGACUGUGAGCAACCUCUGCUAGACCUUGCUCAAAAAUCUAACAAUGAGAGCAUAAAAUUAAACUCUGAGAAACUUCCUAUAAAUCCUCAUACUCCCCAGUUUAAUAGCAAGGAGCCUCAUCAAGGGAGUGUUCUCAAGAUGGAUGAGAAGGUCAAGCACCUUAAUUUUGUGAAACUUAAUCAAAGAGUUAUUGGCUUUAGGACCAGAUUCGCAGGGUUCCUGAAAGAAAUAGAUCUCUAUACUGAGCCCUGCACUUACCAAAGAAUUUAGAUAAUUAAGUUAUAAAAUUUGUUCUA